CGUCCAUCAGCAGUUGAAUAGGCACGCUUUUGCACCAAGCAUUUCAAGCUCUCCGUCAAGAGUACCCUCGUCAACCUCUACAACACGAAGCACCAACGGGCGACAACUAGGAAAACAAAUCCAAUUCAAAUCGACUCGACCAUAGAGUGAAAAUAAAGAGAACAAUAAAUUCAAAAUGCCACCAACAAAACAAGAACUCUCCCUCCUCAUCAAACCCCUCGUCCCAGAGUCCGUCCAACAUAACAACCGCGUCCUCUCCCAACUCCACUCCCUAACCGCCUUCCUCCUCGGUCUCUCAGCCGGAAUCCUCGCCCUCCAGUCCAGCACCGGCUUCCUCUUCUACUUCGCCGGCACGGUACUCGUCUCGGGCUUAUUCCAUAUCCUGAUUAUUGUCCGGUCCGGUGGGAAGGGGGCUGGUGUGUUCUUCCCCGGCACGAAUGGUGGAGAAAUUGAGGGGAUUGACGAGAGUGGGAAGAUUAGGAAUGUGGCUAAGGCUGGGGUGCAGAGGAAAGGGGCGUGGAAGGAUGUUUGGUUUGGAGGAGGUGUGUUUAGUGAGGCUUUGUCUGGGUUUAUCCUUGGGUGGGCCGGUGUUGGGGGUGUUUUGAGGUGAUUUUCAUUUCUGAUCUUAUAGUUGGACUUUGUUAUGGGGGAGGGUUAAAAUAGGGCCUUUUGGAUGUGGAUGAGUUGAUUGUAUUCAAUAUCAGAAUUCUGCAUUAUUCAAUCUCAGUUAAUAAGAAUUACCAGUCUGAAUUAAAAACAUAAUUAGAA